AUGAGUUCAGAUUCCACCGCGUCACGGAAGGUCCGCAAGCAGAGGAUCCCGCUUAAAUGUGACUUCCAGCGCCCAUGUACUCGUACACCCUCGCGCGGUAGUAAAAUCAAGGCUCUUCAAAAUGAGCUUGAUUCGCUCAAGACACGAAUGCAGCAGAACCAUAGUCGCCCGCUGAUAAAUCCAAUCGAUCACGGCUCAGCGGCAAAUUGCUCCCAGGGCGAACUACCACUAUUCUCGGACCAAAGUGAUAUAUCACCCUGCCAGCCUUUUGAUAAAUUCGGGCUUCCGUCUCUUUGGCCCAUUGAUCAUCUCGAUUGGACCACCCCUAGCCUCUUCAAUCAAUCCUUGAUGAAUGAGCUCAGCUUCGAGCAACCGAAUCCUAGUAUGAUUGUGGAACCAUGUCGACAACUUGUCGAUGAUACCGACCAUAACGAGAACUUUGGCCAAGCGAAGUUUAGCGAUAUCAAACAAGCAGACUUCGUUACGGCAUGCAUCCUCACGGAAGAGCAGGCAGAAACCUAUAUCGGCAUGUUCUUCCGUGGCUGUGGUCGUUACUUCCCCUUCACCGACUUGAUCAAUGGCUCAGCGAACAAGAUACGAGAAAGAAGUUCUGUUUUGUUCAAUACGAUGUGCUCUUUAGGUUACCGAGCGCAGCAGGGAGAUCAUGCGCCGCUCUGGAAGUCUUUGGACCUGCAUGUUUCCAGGAUGUUGGAUACCCACAUAACUUCUGGGGCCACAACAGUUGAAUUUAUCCAGGCGCUAUUGAUUAGGGCUUGCUAUAGUCCUGAAAGAUUGAUUCUCCUAUCCAUGGCUACCCGGAUGGCUAUUGAGAUGGGCUUACCGGAUGCCUAUGAUGAGAUACGGAAGCAGUUGAUCCUUGGUAAAACACAACUGGCUCAUGCCGAAACUGUGGCGUGGGAUAAAACACUGCAAAAACUCAGGACGUGGUUAUUUAUUCUUGUCAUGAGGCUGAUGCUGGGUGUUGACAAAGGAACAUCGCUGGACCUCACUUUGUAUGGCGAUGUCCGACGAUGCAGAAUCCUUCUCGGCAAGCCCUUUUCAACAGAUUUGGAUCUCUGUCUGUUGGAACAGAUCGAACUUAAUGUUUUGAUGGCCAAAAUUAACUGCUCAAUCACCGAGGGCGCUCUCAAUAUGGGAGAGGAAGAUCUCCUUAAGAUAGUUCAGAACGCGGCCGUCGACAUUGACGUUUGGUUCGACGACUGGGCCUACAUCCUGAACUCUCAACCUCAUCAAAAUUGGUUGAGACUCAAUAUUAAAGUGCAGCGGCAUUGGGCCGAUAUCACGAUACUCUGUUGGGCAAUACAUUCUCUCAAAACAGAUUAUCUUGCUACAUCAUCGGCGGCCCGGAGAAAUGUUCAGCUUAUGGCCAAGGCUUCAUUGCAGCAACACCUGAAGACAAUACUUUCCGAACCUCAGCUGUAUAUACACAACCUACGCUAUGCGACAGACUAUGUGUGGGCCAAAUUUGUCUACUGUUUCUUGUUAUUGCUCGAAACUUCAAGCGUCACGUCGGACAACUCCAAUGACCAAGAAUCAAAGCAAGAUCUCGUUGCUCAAGGCUAUAAACUUCUGGAAGAGCUCACCAAGGCUGACGGGGUUCUUACCGGGCAAACAUGCAGUCACGUUAGCCAGGACUAUCUUCAACUCCUUAGAUCCGGCAUUGAAAGAUUUUCUCAAUCUACAGCAAAUUUGCCGAAGGACCAGGCUUUAGAUUUUUGUUCUUCAGGGGAAUUGCUCAAUUAUCUGCCUGAAGUUCAGAGUUCAAGGGGAUCUUUUGUGUCUGAUCACUUCGCUAUUGAGUGGAAAUUCCCUUACCCUGGCUUGUGUAUUUAUUAG